AUGGGCAAAGGAACAAUUGACGUCCACCACCAUCUCAUUCCCCCACGCUUUAGAGAAUUAUGGUUCGCCAAUAUCGAAAAAGCCCGUGGCCUGCAACUCCCAACCUGGUCGGCAGAGGGCACACUCGAAGCCCUCGAUGAGUGCGGCAUCAGCACCGCCGUCAUUUCUAUGGGCCACCCUGUCCAUCCAUAUGUGGACGAUAUUCAGCAAGUGGCGCCUAUCUGUCGUGAAAUCAAUGAGUAUACAGCAAACGUCCGGGACGCCCACCCGGACCGAAUCGGGUUCUUUGCGACGCUUCCACCGAUGGAUCAGACCGAUGCAUGCAUUGAGGAGAUGAGGUACAGUCUGGACCAACUUCAGGCCGACGGACUCGUUAUCUUCAGCAGCUAUGCCGGCCGCUACCUGGGUCACCCGACCUUUCGUCCCGUCUGGGAAGAAUUCAACCAGCGCGGGGCCGCCGUGCUCAUUCACCCUGGCUUCGAGGGCAUGGCGCCGAUCGAAGAGCCACGGAUCUUAGCACCACCCAUCAUUGACUGGACGCAUGAGACGACACGGACAGCGGUGCACCUGAUCACCAACAAUAUCAUUCGUGAUUUUCCCAACGUGAAGAUCAUUUUGUCGCACGCCGGUGGCACACUCCCGUACGUGGUGCAACGCGCGGCCAAUCUGUGCUGCCGACUGCGGGUCGUGGACAAGACCGAGGAGGAAUUUAUCGAGGAGGCACGCGUCUUCUACAUCGACGUCGCGUUUAGUGGCCACGAGCCGCAACUCCGUCUACUCAAGGAGUUCGCCAAACCAGGUCACGUCCUCUUUGGCAGCGACUACCCGUGGGAGAAGGCAGAUGUGAUGAGCGAGCAGUUAAAGGCAACCGAUAAUAUCUUUGCAGAGGAGACGCGAGAGGCUGCUCUCAAGUUGUUCCCGCGACUGGCCAAGUAUGAAAAUUAG